AUGGCGAGGACAGGCAGCAAGAACAUACAAGCCAAGCUGGUACUUCUUGGGGACAUGGGAACUGGGAAAACCAGUUUGGUAUUGAGAUUUGUGAAAGGCCAAUUUUAUGAUUUCCAGGUCCUUGACCUGAAACAUAAUUUGCAGGAAUCGACAAUUGGGGCAGCCUUCUUCACUCAGGUCUUGUCAUUAAAUGAGGGUACUAUAAAAUUUGAUAUAUGGGAUACAGCUGGGCAAGAACGGUACCACAGCCUAGCUCCAAUGUAUUAUCGGGGUGCAGCUGCAGCUGUUGUGGUUUAUGACAUUACAAGCAGGGAUUCAUAUGAGAAAGCCAAAAAGUGGGUUCAAGAAGUACAAAGACAAGGAAACCCUAAUCUGGUAAUGGUUUUGGUAGCAAACAAAGCUGAUUUAAUUACAGAGAGAAAGGUGGAAAAUGAGGAAGGGGAGCAAUAUGCUACAGAAAAUGGCUUGCUUUUCUUUGAAACUUCUGCAAAAACUGCCCAGAAUGUAAAUGAGCUAUUCUAUGAAAUAGCUAAAAGAUUGGCAAAAGCUGUCCCUUCCCGGACAGCUGGUAUGAAAAUACACAGCAAAUCCCAAGAAAGGGGGAGAAAACUAUUCUGUUGCUCCGGUUGA